AUUCAAGAUAAUGAUUUCUCUUUAUGGAUAUAUUUCCAUUUUUAAGGUUUCUAGUAUUUCUUCCCUUUAAUCUUUCCCAAGCCACUGCAGAAUACAAUGUAUUCUUCUGGUGAAAAAUUAUUAACAAAGGCUUGAAGGUUAAAAGUAAACCAUCUCCAAGCAAAUAAGUAUCUAAUGGAAAAUUUAUAUUUUAGAAAAUUGGUAAACUUGAUAUCCAGUCUCAGUUUAGUCAUUAUCCAUUUUUUGUUGUGCCAUUCACAUUAUAAGAUCCCUAUAAGAUAUUUUCCCAUUGCUUUGCAUUCAACUAAUAUCUGUUAUGAUGUUGCAACAUCCAUGUUUAGCAUUAUGGUAUUCACAUUUGCCAAAGUAUACUUGCAUGGUGAUUUUAUUGUAAAUUCAUUUGUUCCUCUAUCUGUCACACAAGUGCUGGUGAGUUAUGUUGUCGUAGUCCUUUCCACUUGUAAACUAUGUUAUGUUUUGCAAACUGUCAUCUUUUCUUUUUUUCCACCCAUGCUAUUAUUAUUUUUAAGUACGUGUGCUGCUUGUGCUUUAUAGAGAAGGAGAAUUUGUGCUUGUAUGGACUUCCUAGUGAGCAGUGGGAGGUCAAUUUGCCUGCUGAAGAAGUACCUCCAGAACUCCCUGAGCCUGCUCUAGGGAUCAAUUUUGCUAGAGACGGGAUGCAAGAGAAGGAUUGGUUAUCUCUGGUUGCUGUUCACAGUGAUGCCUGGUUGCUUGCUGUUGCCUUUUAUUUUGGAUCUAGAUUUGGUUUUGAUAAAGCUGACAGGAAACGGCUUUUCAACAUGAUCAAUGAACUCCCUACAGUAUUUGAAGUUGUGACUGGUGCUGCAAAGAAACAACAGAAAGAGAAGUCUUCGGUCUCCAACCACAGUAGCAACAAAUCAAAGUCAAACUCUAAGCCGGGAUUGGAAUCUCCGGAAAAAUAUCCAAAGUCACAGCCGAAGGAUGAAGAAGAAGAAGUGUUUGAUGAGGAAGAAGAUGAAGAACAUGGGGAAACACUCUGUGGCUCCUGUGGAGAAAACUAUGCAUCAGAUGAAUUUUGGAUCUGCUGUGACAUUUGUGAGAAGUGGUUCCAUGGCAAGUGUGUGAAGAUUACCCCUGCUAGGGCUGAGCAUAUCAAGCAUUACAAGUGUCCUUCUUGCACCAACAAGAGAGCUCGACCCUGAUGUAGAAUAUGGUCCUCAAACUCUGCUAACUGCUGUUGUUGAUCAGGCCGCUCUCGUUUUUAAUUGUCUAUUUAUCUUUAGCAUUAACCUGUGAUUUCGUGUUCAUUAUCAGGGGGUUCGUUCUUCGGAGUAUAGUAUUAUUUCAUUCUAGAUUUCGCAAGUAGAGCCCCAUGUUACUUGGAAUAUCAUGUUUUUUCUACCAUUCAGUAGGAAUUUCAGCUCUGUAAUGUUCUGUGAUCAAGACUAGUACUUCAUUUCCGAUUAGAAUGUUGCUUAUGAGGUCCCGUGAGGUGAACUAAUAUGUUUGUCAACAGUUACAUGUGCCCAGAGAGAGUAAUGAAUUAACGUGCACCUGAUA